UUCCCAGUCUGCGCCGCUAUCGUUGGACACUUGGAACAUAGUCACCACGGAGCCACGCCCCCUUUACCCAAUGCCGUUGGGCCUUGCCAACUUCUCGCUUCCAUUCUGCAUAAACGUGAGGUGCACUCUACUUACCGUCGGCCGUAUCUGGCACAUGUUGAGAACGAUGCAAGCAUAUGCGCUCUCAAGUGCUCGGAAUGUUGCGACCAUCAUGCUCGAGAGCGGGAUGCUCUACUCCCUCGCGCAGCUCGUUCUCCUCACACUAUACGGCAUCAUGAUGGACCAUCCCGGAGAGAAGGUCACCAUUCCCAUGGCCGUCCGUGUUUACGUGAGUGACGUCCGCCGCUUCCAUGGCGAAGGCCCUGCUCCAAUAGAUGACCGCUUUGAAGGGCGUAGCCUCAUUACUCAUUGCCAUCUAA